AUGAAAUUAAACACAGAAUAAUUGUCUGAAAUUAAGCAAGAAUUAAAGAAAUUCUCUUCAGCUCCUAUUCAGAAGUCAUACUAAUUGAUAGCUUAAGUAUAUAAAAGUCAAUAUGAAUUAUAAUCUGUGAUUGAAAGCCAAAUCACUAAAAGUUUUGUUAGAAUUGGAUAAAAGAAAUAUACAGAUGAAGAUGAUGAAAAAUACUCAAAAUCUAUUAAAAUAUGUCGUAAAUUAGUCAAAUAAUGGAAAUCGGUCAUUAUUUCUAAUGAUGUAAGUACAAAUAAUGAAGCAAACGAAGAUGUUUAAAAAAGUCAAUAAAAAUAAAAACCUUCCAAAAAUAAUGAGCCAUUUAUUCAAAAAAAAUUUAAAACUGUUGAUUAAAAAUAGGAAACUAUUGUUGUGUCAGCAAAGAACUCAAAUAAUACAAAAUCUAAUUAUAGAGAAAAUCAAAAUGCUUCAAGUGAACAAGUGCAGGAAGACAAAAGAAAAAAAGCAAUUGAAGGAUUAAAAAAAUAUUUUUAGUUACAAACUAAAAAUGAACAUAUAGAAGAGGCUAAAAAAAUUGAAUAAACAAUUUAUGAUCUGUAUAAACAUUCUGUCCUGAUAUAUAUGGAUAAAGUGAAAUGCAUCGUAAGAAUGAUUGAUAGAGAUUCAGAAUUCAGAGAAAAAUUAUUAAAAGGAGAAUUUAAUCUUACAUCUGAAAUAACAAAUUUAAAAUGA